GAGUCCCGGGCGAACAUGGCGGCCCUCGAGUCAGAGCCGGCUCCGAGUCCAGAUACGGCAGAGGGCGAGGAGGAGACGAUUCUCUAUGACUUAUUAGUCAACACCGAGUGGCCGCCGGAGACAGAAGUUCAGCUUAGAGGCAACCGAAAACGUGGCGCAUCCUUUAUCAUCACAAAAGCAAUUCGAGAUCAUUUAUUAUUUUUAAGCCAAUACAUCUGGUACAGACCUGCACCUUUUUUGCUCCCUGAUGGACUGGUUCGCUUGGUUAAUAAACAGAUAAACUGGCAUUUGGUACUUGCAAGCAAUGGGAAGCUUUUGGCUGCUGUUCAAGAUCAGUGUGUGGAAAUCAGGUCUGCAAAAGAUGAAUUUACAUCUAUUAUUGGGAAAUGUCAAGUUCCAAAAGAUCCAAAACCCCAGUGGAGACGGGUAGCAUGGAGUUAUGAUUGUACCUUGCUGGCCUAUGCAGAAAGCACAGGAACUGUGAGGGUGUUUGAUCUCAUGGGGAGUGAACUCUUUGUCAUUUCCCCGGUAUCAGAGUUCAGAAGUUUUUCAUCCUUAGCCAUUUUUGGUGUUUGUCUUUUUAAUUUAAUUGUGUAUUUAGUGACAUCCAUUGUGGUUUAAUGGUAUUUGUUUCUUAUUUACCUUCCUAAAUUUAGUGUUGGAACAAACCAGAGCUACCAAGAGAGUCACUGUUUCAGCUUCAGUAGUCAUUAUCCUCGUGGAAUCAACACAGCCAUUUACCAUCCUGGUCACAGACUUUUACUGGUUGGUGGCUGUGAAACUGCAGAAGCGGGCAUGUCAAAAGCUUCUAGCUGUGGCCUUUCUGCCUGGAGAGUGCUCUCAGGAUCACCUUAUUAUAAGCAAGUUACUAAUAGUGGAGACAAGGUUACUGUGGUACCAAAGACACUGGGGUUAUUAAGGAUGUUAAGUGUCAAGUUUUACAGUCGCCAGGGACGAGAACAGGAUGGAAUCUUUAAGAUGAGCCUUUCUCCAGACGGGAUGCUGCUUGCAGCCAUUCAUUUCUCAGGGAAACUGAGCAUCUGGGCCAUUCCAUCUCUGAAGCAACAAGGGGAAUGGAAUCAAAGCGAGCAGCCAGGCUAUGAUGACCUUAAUCCUGAUUGGAGGCUCUCAAUUGAGAAGAGAAAAAAAAUCAAAGAUAAAGAGUCCUUUUACCCACUGAUAGAUGUCAACUGGUGGGCAGACAGCGCGGUGACUUUGGCUCGAUGUUCUGGUGCUUUAACUGUCUCGUCAGUCAAAACUUUGAAGAAUUUGCUGGGAAAGUCCUGUGAAUGGUUUGAACCGUCACCACAAGUAACUGCUACCCAUGAUGGGGGAUUUUUAAGUUUGGAGUGUGAGAUUAAACUUGCCCCCAAACGAUCUCGUUUGGAGAUUAGAGCUGGAGAAGAGGAUGAAGGAGAAGAGGAUUCUGAUUCUGAUCAUGAAAUAUCUGCCAAAACUCGCUACUUUGGUUAUAUAAAACAGGGCCUUUACUUAGUGACGGAAAUGGAGCGAUUUGCACCACCACGGAAGCGGCCACGAACCAUUACCAAAAACUACCGCCUCGUCAGUUUGCGCUCUACGACUCCAGAGGAGCUUUAUCAGAGAAAGAUUGAAAAUGAAGACUAUGAGGAAGCCUUGUCUUUGGCUCAAACCUAUGGCCUGGAUACUGACCUAGUAUAUCAGAGGCAGUGGAGGAAGUCAGCGGUCAACGUUGCUUCAAUUCAGAAUUAUUUGAGUAAAAUAAAGAAGCGAUCCUGGGUUCUCCACGAGUGUUUGGAAAGAGUUCCUGAAAAUGUGGAUGCUGCAAAAGAACUACUUCAGUAUGGAUUAAAAGGCACAGACCUGGAGGCUCUUCUAGCAAUAGGGAAUGGAGCAGAUGAUGGAAGAUUUAUAUUACCUGGUCAAGUAGAUAUUGAUAAUAUUUCCUAUGAGGAGCUUUCCCCAGCUGAGGAAGAGCCUGCCAAGAAUAAAAAGGAAAAGAAGCUCAAGAAAAGACGAGAACUCCUUAAAUUAGUGAACUUUUCAAAGUUGACACUGGAACAAAAGGAACUUUGCCGCUGCAGGCUAAAAUUGUUAACCUACUUAGACCGACUUGCAACAUAUGAGGAAAUCUUAGGAGUGCCUCAUGGAUCGGAACAGAGAUAUGAUGCUGAAUUCUUUAAGAAGUUCAGAAAUCAGAAUAUUGUUCUCUCAGCAAGAACUUAUGCUCGGGAAAGUAAUGUACAAGCCCUAGGAAUUCUGUUUACUUAUCAUGGCUCUGACCUGCUUCCUCAUCGCCUUGCAAUUCUCUCCAACUUCCCAGAGACCACUUCUCCGCAUGAAUAUUCUGUUUUGCUGCCCGAAGCUUGUUCUAAUGGUGACUCCCUGAUGAUUGUUCCUUGGCACGAACGUAAACACCGAGCUAAAGAUUGGUGUGAAGAGUUGGAAUGCAGAAUGGUUGUUGAGCCAAGUCUUCAAGAUGAAAGCGAAUUCUUGUAUGCAGCACAGCCUGAGUUACUAAAGUUCAGGACAACCCAGCUUACCGUUGAGAAGGUUAUGGACUGGUAUCAGACCAGAACAAAGGAAAUAGAGCAUUAUGCCCGACAGGUUGACUGUGCCUUGUCACUUAUUCGUCUUGGAAUGGAGCGGAGUGUCCCUGGUUUGCUGGUUCUGUGUGAUAAUUUGGUUACUCUGGAAACGUUGGUUUAUGAAGCUGGGUGUGACUUAACCCUAACUUUGGAAGAACUCCAGCAGAUGAAAGACAUUGAAAAGCUAAGAUUACUGAUGAAUAGUUGUUCUGAGGACAAAUAUGUGACAAGCGCUUAUCAGUGGAUGGUUCCCUUUCUUCAUCGUUGCGAGAAACAUUCUCCUGGUGUGGCUAAUGAGCUAUUAAAGGAGUACUUGGUAACAUUAGCUAAAGGGGACUUACAGUUUCCCCUGAAGAUAUUUCAGCAUUCCAAACCAGAUCUGCAGCAAAAAAUUAUUCCUGAUCAGGACCAACUGAUGGCAAUAGCACUUGAGUGCAUCUAUAACUGUGAACGUAAUGACCAGCUCUCUCUUUGCUAUGACAUAUUAGAAUGUCUGCCACAAAGAGGAUAUGGUGAGAAGACAGAGUUAACUACAGCUCUUCAUGAUAUGGUAGACCAGCUGGAACAAAUUCUCAGUGUGUCAGAGAUUUUGGAAAAACAUGGACUUGAGAAACCUGUUUCAUUUGUUAAAAUCACUCAGUCUAGCACAGAAGAGGCACACAAGCUAAUGGUUAGAUUGACUAGACACACCGGUCGGAAGCAGCCUCCUGUUAGUGAGUCUCACUGGAGAGCAUUGCUGCAGGACAUGCUGACUAUGCAGCAGAAUGUGUACACGUGUCUCGACGCUGACGCUUGCUACCAGAUAUUUACAGAAAGCCUUCUGUGCUCCGGUCGCCUUGACAACAUCCAGCUGGCUGGGCAGAUGAUGCACUGCAGCGCCUGUUCACUGCCCCCUGCCACAGGCGUAGCCCGCAAAGGGAAGCCCCAGUACAGGGUCAGUUACCAGAAAAGCAUUGACUUGGUUUUGGCUGCCAGCAGAGAGUACUUCAAUUCUUCUACCAGCCUCACGGAUAGCUGCAUGGAUCUGGCCAGGUGUUGCUUACAACUGAUAACAGACAGACCCCCUGCCAUUCAAGAGGAGCUAGAUCUCAUCCAAGCCCUUGGAUGUCUUGAAGAGUUUGGAGUAAAGAUCCUGCCUUUGCAAGUGCGAUUGUGCUCUGAUAGGAUCAGCCUCAUCAAGGAGUGCAUCUCCCAGUCUCCCACAUGCUACAAACAAUCCGCCAAGCUUCUGGGCCUUGCUGAGCUGCUGAGGGUUGCAGGUGAAGACCCAGAGGAAAGGCGUGGGCAAGUUCUCAUCCUUCUGGUUGAGCAAGCACUUCGUUUCCAUGACUACAAAGCAGCCAAUAUGCAUUGUCAGGAGCUGAUGGCCACUGGUUAUCCCAAAAGUUGGGGUGUUUGCAGCCAGUUAGGACAAUCAGAAGGUUACCAGGACUUGGCCACUCGUCAGGAGCUCAUGGCUUUCGCUUUGACACAUUGCCCUCCUGGCAGCAUUGAACUUCUUUUGGCAGCCAGCAGCUCUCUGCAGGCAGAAAUUCUUUAUCAAAGAGUGAAUUUCCAGAUCCACCCUGAAGGAGGGGAAAAUAUCAGUGUUUCACCACUAGUGAGUAAAAGCGUGCAAGAGGAUGAAGCAGGUGUUUUAGGUCGCAGUUCAGCUGACCUGUUACACUGGACCACUGCUACCACCAUGAAAGUGCUUUCCAACACGACGACCACCACCAAGGCAGUGCUGCAGGCCGUCAGCGACGGGCAGUGGUGGAAGAAGUCUUUAACUUACCUUCGGCCCCUGCAAGGGCAAGAAUUUGGUGGUGCUUAUCACAUCGGAACUGUAGCCAAUAAAGAUCUGGAAAGGCAAGGGUGUCAUCCCUUCUACGAAUCUGUCAUCUCUAAUCCCUUUGUCACUGAGUCUGAAGGGACCUAUGACGCUUACCAGCAUGUCCCAGUGGAAAGCUUUGCAGAAGUUUUGCUGAGAACUGGAAAACUGGCAGAAGCUAAAACUGAAGGAGAAGUAUUUCCAACAACAGAAGUUCUCUUGCAGCUAGCAAGUGAUGCUUUGCCGAAUGACAUGACGUUGGCUCUGGCUUACCUCCUUGCCUUACCACAGGUGUUAGAUGCUAACAAAUGCUUUGAAAGGCAGUCGCACUCUGCGUUGUGUCUCCAGCUGGCGGCUUACUAUUACAGCCUACAGAUCUAUGCCCGCUUGGCUCCAUGUUUCAGUGACAAGUGCCAUCCUCUUUAUAGGGCUGAUCCCGAAGAACUGAUCAAGAUGGUCACUAGGCACGUAACUCGACAUGGACAUGAAGCCUGGCCUGAAGACCUUGUUUCCCUGACCACACAGUUACACUACUACAAUGAGCGUCUCCUGGAUUUCACUCAGGCUCAAGUCCUUCAGGGCCUUGGGAAGGGUGUGGAUGUGCAGCGGUUUACUUCAACCCUGGAGGAAAAUGUCUACAGCAUUGCUCUUUCUCUGGCACAGAGGUACGGUGUCUCCCGCUGGGAAGUUUUUAUGACUCAUUUGGAGUUCCUGUUCACCGACAGUGGUUUGUCCACAGUGGAAAUUGAAAAUCGAGCCCGAGCCCUUCAUCUCUUUGAGACUUUGAAGACUGAUCCCGAAGCCUUUCACAAGCACAUGGUCAAGUAUAUUUACCCUACUAUUGGUGGCUUUGACCAUGAAAGGCUGCUGUAUUAUUUCACUCUUCUGGAGAACUGUGGUUGUGCAGAUUUGGGAAAAUAUGUCAUUAAACCAGAAACCCACAUUCGCCUGCUGAAGAAAUUUAAGGUAGUUGCACCAGGUCUCAAUUACAAAAAACUGACAGAUGAAAAUAUGAGCCCUCUUGAAGCACUGGAGCCAGUCCUUUCAAGUCAAAAUAUCUUAUCUAUUUCCAAACUUGUUCCCAAAAUCCCUGGAAAGGAUGGACAGAUGCUUUCCCCAAGCUCUCUCUAUACCAUCUGGUUACAGAAGUUGUUCUGGACUGGAGACCCUCACCUCAUUAAACAAGUCCCAGAGUCCUCCUCGGAGUGGCUUCAUGCCUAUGAUGUCUGCAUGAAGUACUUUGAUCGCCUCUGCCUGGGUGACCUCAUCACUGUGGUAGAUGCAAUUACAUUUUCUCCAAAAGCGGUGACCAAGCUACCUGUGGAAACCCGUAAAGAGAUGACUAAAAAGGCUAUCAAGACAGUCAAACAUUUUAUUGAGAAGACAAGGAAAAGAAAUUCAGAGGAAGACAGUCACGAAGUUGGUGAUUCUAAAGUUACCUAUGCGGAUGCUUUGAAUCAUCUGGAGCAAUCCCUUGCCCACCUGGAAACCCUCAGCCAUAGCUUCAUCGUGUCUCUGAAGAAUAGUGAGCAGGAAACACUGCAGAAAUACAGUCACCUCUAUGAUCUGUCCCGAUCAGAAAAAGCGAAACUCCAGGACGAAGCUGUGGCUAUGUGUUUAGAUGGUCAGCCUCUGAGAAUGAUUCAGCAGCUGCUAGAGGUGGCUGUUGGCCCUCUCGACAUCUCACCCAGGGAUAUAGUACACAGUGCAAUAAUGAAGAUAAUUUCUGCAUUGAGUGGAGGCAGUGCUGACCUUAGGGGGCUGGGGGACCCCCUGAAGGUCCUGGAAGGUGUUGUUGCAUCAGUGCACGCCAGUGUGGACCAGGGAGAGGAGCUGGUUUCCUCGGAGGACCUGCUGGAGUGGCUGCGGCCCUUCUGUGCUGAUGACACCUGGCCGGUGCGGCCCCGCAUCCACGUGCUGCAGGUUUUGGAGCAGUCCUUUCACCUGACCGAAGAGGACAGCAAGCUCCUCGUGUUCUUCAGGACUGAAGCCAUCCUCAAAGCCACCUGGCCCCAGAGACAGGUAGAAAUAGCUGACGUUGAGAAUGAAGAGAACCGCCACUGUCUGUUCCUGGAGCUGCUGGAAUCCAGUCACCAGGAGGUUGAGUUUCAGCACUUGAUUUUGCUCCUGCAAGCUUGGCCUCCAAUGAAGAGCGAACAUGUAACCAGCAUAACCAGUAAUCCAUGGGUGAGACUUGCUACAGCCAUGCUAACCGAGUGUACGGUGGAGAACAAGGAAAGAUCGGGGAAUGAAGUCUUGAAAAUCUGCCGCUCUUUGUAUAACACGGAGCAGAUGCUGCCUGCAGAGGCUGUGAAGGAGCUGAGCCUGCUGCUGCUGGCCCGGUCCCUCCUGCUGCCCGCCCUGAAGCUUCUCCUGGAGAGCCCAGACCAGCAUCUGCACGAGAUGGCCCUGGAGCAAGUCGCAGCUGUGACUACGGUGAAUGAUUCAAACUGUGACCAAGAACUUCUUUCCCUCCUCCUGGAUGCCAAGCUGCUGGUGAAGUGUAUCUCCACUCCCUACUAUCCGCACAUCAUCAACCACCUCUUGUCCAGCCCCCAGCAAGGACGCUGGGAUGCCGAGGAGUUGGCCCGACACCUGCGGGAGGCUGGUCACGAUGCCCAGGCUGGGUCACUCCUCCUGGCUGUGAGGGGGACUCACCGGGCCUUGAGAACUUUCAGCACAGCCCUCUAUGCAGGGCAGCACUGGGUGUGAGCAGCCUUCCCAUGGCCCGUGCACCUUUGUGAAAAGCGCAUCCAGAGCUGCAUGCUGACCCCAGAGCCAUAUCCGUGCCUAUGAUUAUUGUCAGUGAUUCCAACAAAUAAAGAUGUA